GGGAGCGCGAGACUCAGCCCCGCUCGCGCCUUUGCGCGUGGCCCCUUGCGCGCGCGCGCUGCCCGCCUCGCUCUGCCGCCCAAUGAGCGUCCCGGCCGGAGGGAGCUCAGGUCUCGCCGCUCCGGCGGCGUGAGGGGAUGGGGAUGGCGGUGCUUGUGUGCCCCUUCCCGCGGCUGCGGAACCUGCACUGAAAUAACCCCCCGAGCUCCGCACCGCCCAGUCCCGGCAGUGGCACACGCGUACAGAUACACACGCGUACAGAUAAACACACGCGCACACAUCCCCCCAGCCCCGCGCAGGAUGCGCCCCCCCCGGCCUUCCCAGCCCAGACACGGCCCCGCUAGUGAGGUCGCCUGUGAGGGAGAGACGCGCGGAGGAAGGACCGGGAUCCCUGGGCUGUAUCAGCGCGGAGAGCAGGAGCCCGGCUCAACCGAGCUGGGAGGAUUUCACCUUGUUGCUGUUUGUUUCGGGAGAUUUUCGCUCUCCCCACCCCGGACACUGUCCAGCUGAGGGUUUGCUUCCUUACUGCGUCCACAACCGGCCAGAGAAAAAGCGCUUUCUCUGUUAGAGGUGAUUUUUGUCGUGGUCUCCCUGCAAGGAAGGGAUCGGCACCAGCCUUCCAGGAGGGAGACAGGAUCAACUGAGGUUUUCCCUACCUCCGGCAGAACGUGAGGAGUUCAAGUGACACCGGCACCGGCCUGUGGCUGACUGACUGCACAGCGAGCUGGAAUCACAGCCGGAGCUGCUCGAUUUACCUGCUCGAGGACCCUUCAAACCCUUCUAUUGACGGUAGAGAUUUGUAUUCCAAGGAAAAUCGGAUUAAUAUAAACUAUGCAGAGCUUUGCGGGGAUAUCGGGAGACUACUCUGUCUGCAUGGCUAAUCUUGAAAUUGUCUGAAAUAAAUCCUUAGCGCAAGGAAUAACAAGAUACUUUCAAUUAGUUUUUUUUUUUUUUUUUCCCUUGUCGCUUUUUUCCCCUUCUGCAAGAAUUUAACACUUCCAUCGGAGGGUUUUUACAGGAGAAUGGGACACAUGCUGGAGAACUCACCACGCUCCACAAAAAUGACGGGGGUAACAGUUUCCAUCACUGUUGCGGUAUAAAAGGUUCUCUUUGGAUUGUCUGCUGGUGGCUGCUAAGAUGGAUCAGUUUCUCCCUGUUCCUGUUUGCGAUGUGCUGAAGGAUCCGGAUUUACUGAAAUACUGACGCCCAUGAACUUACUCCCUCUCUGCUGAAGGCAUCGGAUGUGACAGUGCAGAGAAAACAUGUGUUUCACAUUUCUGACUGGUUGUUUUGGUGCAAUCAAUACCUCCACAAGAAACAUUGACUUAGGUGGCGACUGUCAUAGCGGGAGGCACACGGAGCGCUGCUCCCGGCUUGCAGGCGGAGCGAGCACAAAUCAAAGAGCCCGCCGAUCCUGGCAAGUGGGGGCUUCGCUUCCCCCCAAAGCGCGGGGCACAGCCUCCCGACCCUCCUCAGAGAGCCCGGCCCGCGGGUGCGGAAUGAGCGAUGACCAAAGCGCUGUCAGGAGUGGCAGCCAGUCGGAUCGGAUGGGCAUCAGUGAGGCAAUACCGGUUGAAAGAAAGGUGGAUCGCGAAAUUAUUGCCCGAAGGAAUAGCAGGCGAGGCGGAAUGAUGAUAAAGUUAAACUUCUGUUUCAUCUUCUGUCGGGGAUGGUGGGCGUUUCUGUUGCUUCAGCUCCACAUGUUGCAAGCACUGGCACAAGGGGAUGUUGCACCAUUCUUCAAGACAGAACCAGGCUUGCCCCAGAUCCACCUGGAAGGAAACAGACUGGUCCUUACGUGCCUUGCUGAAGGCAGCUGGCCCUUGGAAUUCAAGUGGUUGCACAACGACAGUGAAAUCACCUCCUACUCCAGUGAAUACAAGUACAUCAUCCCAGCUGUGCAGAGGGCUGAUGCUGGCUUCUACCAGUGCAUCGUGAGGAACAGGAUGGGGGCACUGCUGCAGAGGAGAUCUCAAGUCCAAGUGGCAUAUAUGGGAGAUUUCAUGGACACAGACCAGAGAAAAACAGUGACUGAAGGACAAGCUGCUGUUCUGAACUUCCCACACAUCCUCAGCCACCCAAGGCCCCAAGUGACGUGGUUUAGAGACGGGCACAAGAUUAUACCAAGCAGCAGAAUAGCCAUCACUCUGGAGAACCAGCUGGUGAUCCUGGGGGUGUCACUGAUGGAUGCAGGAGGUUACUAUGUCCAGGCAGUCAACGAAAAGAACGGGGAGAACAAGACCAGUCCCUUCAUUCACCUCAGUGUAACACGUGCCAGCAGCCCCUCGGACAGCGCGGCUCCCGCCGUGGUCAUCCGCCCGCACAACACCAGCGUGGUGUCGGGGAGCAGCGAGGCCACCCUGGAGUGCGUGGCCAAUGCCAGACCUCUUGAGAGGCUGAGUGUGACCUGGAAGAGAAAUGGAAUCAAGAUCACCAGUGGCAUCAGCAGCUUUGGGAGACGCCUCACUAUCACCAACCCAACCUCUGCUGAUGUGGGGAUGUACUUCUGUGAAGCCAAACUCAGAGAGAGCACAGAGGAGCCAGCAAGAGCUAAAGCUUUCCUUUCUAUCUUGGAACCUCCGUAUUUCACUGCUGAACCCCAGAAUGUGAUUUUGGCUGAGGUGGAGAAGGACGUGGACAUCCUGUGUCAGGCCAUGGGUGUUCCCAUCCCCACCCUGGUGUGGUACAAGGACUCAGUUCCCCUCAGCAGGCUGGAGAACCCCCGGUACAAGGUGCUGCUGAGCGGGGGGCUGCGCAUCCACGCGCUGCGGCCGCAGGACGCCGGCAUCUUCCAGUGCUUCGCCAGCAACCAGGCUGGGGAGAUCCAGACCUACACCUACCUGGAUGUCACCAACAUCAAGCCAGCCUUUAUCCAGCCCCCCGAGGACACCACAGUCACCGAGGGGAUGACUGCAGUACUGACCUGUGAAGUUUCAGGGGCUCCACGACCUGCCAUCUCCUGGAAGAAAGGAGAGCAGAUCUUAGCCAGUGGCUCGGUGCAGAUUCCUCGCUUCGUUCUCCUGGAGUCUGGAGGGCUCCAGAUAACGCCCGUGUUCCUGCAGGAUGCUGGCAAUUACACUUGCUGUGCAGCCAACUCUGAAGGAGCUCUGAAUGCUUUUGUGAUGCUGACAGUGUGGAACCGCACGUCCAUUGUCCGCCCUCCCGAGGACAGCACGGUGAUCAAAGGAACCACAGCCACCCUGCGCUGCGAGGCCACGCACGACCCCAGAAUUUCAAUCAGGUACCUUUGGAAGAAGGACAACGUUGUAAUAAAUCCAUCCAGCAGUUCCAGGAUCACAGUGGAGAAGGAUGGGACCCUCCUCAUCAGCCAGACGUGGUCGGGUGACAUUGGGGAUUACACCUGUGAGGUCAUUUCUUCCGGAGGGAACGAUUCCAGGACAGCUCGGCUGGAAGUCAUAGAGCUGCCUCACUCCCCUCAGAACCUGGUGGCCACCCUGAACUCCUCCUACAGCCGCAGCGUGGUGCUCUCCUGGGUGCGCCCCUUCGACGGCAACAGCCCCGUGCUCUACUACGUGGUGGAGCUCUCUGAGAACAAUUCUCCCUGGAAGGUUCACCUGUCAAACCUUGACCCGAAGAUGACCGGUGUCACUGUGAGUGGCCUCACUCCGGCCAGGACCUACCAGUUCAGGGUGUGUGCAGUCAACCAGGUGGGAAAGGGCCGCUACAGCACCGAGACCAGCAGGUUGAUGCUACCUGAGGAGCCCCCCAGUGCCCCACCUAAAAACAUUGUGGCCAGUGGGAGAACCAAUCAGUCCAUCAUGGUCCAGUGGCAGCCUCCUCCUGAGAGUGAGCACAAUGGGGUUCUUCAUGGCUACAUCCUAAGGUAUCGCCUGGCCGGCCUCCCGGGAGAGUACCAGUACAAAAACAUCACCAGUGCAGAAAUCAACUACUGCUUGGUGAAAGACCUGAUCAUUUGGACCCAGUAUGAAAUCCAGGUGGCAUCUUACAACGGAGCUGGGCUGGGAGCCUUCAGCAGGCCUGUGACAGAGUACACACUGCAGGGAGUGCCCACAGCUCCACCUCAGAACGUGCAGGUUGAAGCCGUGAAUUCCACAACCAUCCAGUUCCUCUGGAACCCUCCACCCCAGCAGUUCAUCAACGGCAUUAACCAAGGCUACAAGCUCCUGGCGUGGCCGGUGGAUGCUCCAGAGAGUGUGACUGUGGUCACCAUCGCUCCGGAUUUCCAUGGUGUUCACAGUGGCUGCAUCACCAACCUGAAGAAAUUCACCAGCUACUACACCUCAGUGCUGUGCUUCACCACCCCAGGGGAUGGCCCUCGGAGCCCUCCCCAGCUCCUGCGCACCCUGGAAGACAAGCCAGGAGCUGUGGGACACCUGAGUUUCACUGAGAUUCUGGACACCUCACUCAAGGUCAGCUGGCAAGAACCUGUAGAGAAGAAUGGCAUCAUCACAGGGUACCAGAUCUCCUGGGAGGUGUAUGGCAGGAACGAGUCCCGCCUGGCCCGCAGCCUGUCCAACAGCACCCUGGAGUACAAGAUCACGGGGCUCUCCUCCCUCACCACCUACACCAUCGAGGUGGCCGCCGUGACCGCCCAGGGCAGCGGCUCGGUCACCUCCUCCACCAUCUCCUCUGGAGUGCCCCCAGAGCUUCCAGGUGCUCCAACCAACCUGGUGAUUUCCAACAUCAGCCCUCGCUCUGCCACUCUUCAAUUCCGCCCAGGAUACGAUGGCAAAACCUCCAUCUCCAAGUGGAUUGUGGAAGGCCAGGUUGGUGUGCUGGGUGAUGAAGAAGAAUGGGUGACACUUCAUGAGGUGGAGAAUGAACCUGAUGCUCAGAUGCUGGAGGUACCAAACCUCACUCCUUACACUCAUUACAGGUUCCGGAUGCGGCAGGUGAACGUGGUGGGCCCCAGCCCCCUGAGCCAACCCUCGCGGGUCAUCCAGACCCUGCAGGCCCCGCCGGACGUGGCCCCCGGCAGCGUCACCGUGCGCACGGCCAGCGAGACCAGCCUGUGGCUGCGAUGGGUGCCGCUCCCCGACACGCAGUACAACGGGAACCCCGAGUCGGUGGGGUACAGGGUCAGGGCGUGGCGCGUGGAUCUGCCGUCCCCAGCCCUGCUGAAGGUCCUCGCCGACCGCCUGGCGCGGGAGUGCACGCUGGAGGAGCUGCAGGAGUGGACGGAGUACGAGCUGCAGAUCCAGGCCUUCAACGCCAUCGGGGCAGGGCCCUGGAGCGAGGCCGUCAGAGGUCGGACACGGGAGUCGGUUCCCUCUGCUCCUCCUGAGAAUGUCUCUGCUGAAGCUGUAAGCUCAACCCAGAUCCUGCUGACCUGGGCAGCAGUUCCUGAGUCUGAGCAGAAUGGUCUCAUCCUGGGCUACAAGAUCCUUUACAAAGCAAAGGAUUUGGACUCGGAGCCCAAGAGCCAAACAGUGAGGGGGAACCACACCCAGUCAGUGCUGCUCUCAGGCCUGAGGAAAUUCGUCCUCUACGAGCUCCAGGUGCUGGCAUUCACCCGCAUUGGGGAUGGGGUCCCCAGCUCCCCACCAGUGACAGAGAGAACCAAGGAUGAUGCCCCCGGGCCCCCCGUGAGGCUGGUGUUCCCCGAGGUGAGGCUGACGUCCGUGCGCAUCGUUUGGCAGCCACCGGAGGAGCCCAAUGGGAUUAUUCUGGGGUACCAGGUCGCCUACCGCCUGGCCAGCAGCAGCCCCAACAAGUUCACCACGGUGGAGGUUGGCUCCACAGUCCGGCAGUUCACGGCUACAGACCUGAGCCCAGAGUCAGCCUACAUCUUCAGGACAUCUGCCAAGACCAGGCAGGGGUGGGGGGAGCCUCUGGAAGCCACGGUGAUCACCACUGAGAAACGAGAACGACCAGCACCUCCCAGGCAGGUGAUGACCCCCCAGGGCGACGUGUCCUCCCGGAGCCUGGUGCUGACCUGGGUCCCUGGCAGUGAUGGAUCGUCACCAAUCCGGUAUUUCACAGUCCAAGUGCGGGAGCUGCCACACGGAGCCUGGCAAACCUACUCCUCCUCCAUCAGCCACGAGGCCACAUCCUGCCUUGUCGAAAGCCUGAACCCGUUCACCUCCUACAAGCUGAGAGUGAAGGCCACCAACGACAUCGGGGACAGCGACUUCAGCGCGGAGACAGAGGCGGUCACAACCCUGCAGGAUGUUCCAGAUGAACCACCCAGUUCUGUGAUAGUAACUCCCCACACGACUUCCUCUGUCCUUGUGCAGUGGCAGCCCCCCAAGGUGGAGAGUGUGAACGGGCUCCUGCUGGGAUACCGCAUCUACUACCGCGAGCUGGAUUACGACACCGGGCCUGGGACAGAAUCCAAAACCAUCCAGAACCCCUCGGCUCUGAGAGCAGAGCUCACACAAUUGAAGAAAUACAAGAGAUAUGAAGUACUAAUGACAGCAUAUAAUGUCAUUGGUGAGAGCCCUACCAGCACACCAGUGGAAGUGUUUGUGGGUGAAGCAGCACCGGCGCUGGCCCCACAGAACAUCCAAGUCAACUCCCUUUCUGCAAGCCAGCUGGAGCUCACCUGGGACCCCCCUCCUGCCGACAGCCAGAACGGGAACAUCCAAGGCUACAAGAUUUAUUACUGGGAGAGCGACGCUCUGAACGACACGGAGAAGGUGAAGGUCCUUUUCCUCCCGGAGACCAGCGUGCGGCUCAAGAACCUGACGAGCCACACGCGGUACCUGGUGUGCAUCUCCGCCUUCAACGCGGCCGGGGACGGCCCCCGCAGCAGCCCUGCCCAGGGCAGGACGCACCAGGCGGCACCCAGUGCUCCCAGCUUCCUGGCCUUCUCUGAAAUCACCUGCACUACCCUCAACGUGUCUUGGGGCGAGCCAACAGCAGCAAAUGGAGUCCUGCAGGGUUAUCGAGUCGUCUACGAGCCUCUGGCUCCUGUCCAGGGGGUGAGCAAGGUGGUGACUGUGGACAUUAAGGGGAACUGGCAGCGCUGGCUGAAGGUCCGGGAUCUCACCAAGGGCAUGACCUAUUUAUUCCGAGUGCAAGCCCGAACCAUCGCCUAUGGACCUGAGCUGCAAGCCAACAUCACAGCUGGGCCAGCAGAAGGGUCCCCUGGCUCCCCUCAGGAAAUCCUGGUGACAAAAUCUGCUUCUGGGCUGACGCUGCAAUGGACUGAGGGAGAUUCAGGAGAAAAACCCACAACUGGCUACAUUAUAGAGGCACGACCCUCAGAUGAAGGACUCUGGGAUAUGUUCGUGAAGGACAUCCCUCGCAGUGCCACCUCCUACACAGUGGGCCUGGACAAACUCAGACAAGGAGUCACCUAUGAAUUUCGGGUGGUCGCUGUCAACGAGUUUGGCUAUGGAGAGCCAAGUGUUCCUUCUGUGGCAGUAUCAGCACAAACAGAAGCCCCUUUCUAUGAGGAGUGGUGGUUUCUGCUGGUGAUGGCUCUCUCAAGCCUCAUCCUCAUCCUGCUGGUGGUGUUUGCAUUGGUCCUGCAUGGCCAGAGCAAGAAGUACAAGAACUGCAAUGGAGGUAAAACCAUCUCCAACGUGGAAGAGUCAGUCACCCUGGACAAUGGGGGCUUCACUGCUCUGGAGCUCAACAGCAGACACCUGAAUAUCAAGAGCACCUUCUCAAAGAAGAAUGGAACCAGGUCUCCUCCUCGGCCAAGCCCAGGGGGGCUGCACUACUCUGAUGAGGACAUCUGCAACAAGUACAACGGGGCUGUGCUGACCGAGGGCUUGGGCCUCAAUGAGAAACCCCUGGAAGUGUCAGAGUCAGAGGUCACUGACUCGGAUUACGAGGACGAGUUGCCCAAGCACUCCUUUGUGAACCAUUACAUGAGCGACCCCACCUACUACAACUCGUGGAAGCGGCAGCAGAAAGGGGUGAAGCAGCACCCGGCGUCCUACAGAUACGAGGAGUGCACGGCCAGCGAGGCAGAGCCCUAUUUCCAGACUGUCAUCACGACACAGAGCUCAGGAGGGGUGUACACCCCCACGGGACAGCCCGCGCCCGGCUCCCGGACUCCAGUGACAGGAUUCUCGUCCUUUGUCUGAGCGGGGCUGGGGACACGGCGGGACAGCCGCAGUGACCGCGUGUGCGCGGCCGGGGCGCUGAACUGUGGGGGACCUCUCUUAUCAGGGUAGAAACGGAUGGGAACACACCUGAGGCUGGGUUGUUGGUGUUUUGGUUGGUUUUUUUGUUGGGGUUUUUUUUUUUUUUUUCUUUCUGAAGACAAUCAACUCUAUGAAAACACGGAGCUGAACUAGCUGAACCUUUGUUUAAGAAAACAAAAAGAAAAAAAAGGAAUUCUGAACAGUGAUGAUUUUAACCACUUGUGAAUAGUAGGGGUUUUUUAACUGCUUUUUGUAACACUGCUUCAGGAAGCAGCUCCCAUGCCCUUCUCCUUCCCUCUUUCUUUCUCUCCCCUCCUCCUGUCCCACUGCUCCCAAACAAGCAGGUGAAUUCCCUAGAUGCAAUGAGUGACUCUGUGAUGUGAUUUGAAGAGAAAACAUAAAACCUCCCAGGCUCCUUUUUCUUCCUUUUUCUCUACUCUUUUUUAUUUUCUUUUUCUCUUCUUUUUAAUUUUUCUCUGUCAUCAGAGUUAAGUAGUAAAACAUAGAAAAUGGACACAUUUUUAGGUGAAAAGCAGACACCUCUCUUCUCCUCGCUGCUCCACACAUUAGGAGCACUGGCUGAUCAAUGUAGGCUCAGAUGUGUCACUGUGUCUGCUCUAAGCUCACUACUGGUGUAUUUAUAUUGAAUUACUGACCUGCUUUUCUUUCUUCUUCAAAUGGGACCUGCUGCAUUCUUUAAAUAUUCCAACUCCAGGGCCUCUGGAAGAGGAGAUGGCUCAAAAGAGCGCUGUAGGCAGUGGUGGGUGAAGCAAGUGGGAAGAAUUCAGAUGUAAGGUCAGUUUAUUUUUGGUGUGGCUCUAAUCCUCCUUGUGUACUGCGUGUACCAUUUGAAUCAGUCAUUUUUUAAAAGUCAAAGGACACAACCCAGCAAGCCAGAGGAAUUUUUCAACUAAAAUUGCAGUGACAACCUAGAGAGUUUACUAAUUGAUGAGGGUUUUGAUCAUCAGAGUUACCAUGCCCUGCCAACAGAAGUUGAACAUCCUUUCUCACCCAGACUCUGCCAUUCUGUUUAUUGGUCUGUAAAAAAGUACACAGUGGCAGGGUUUGUUUGAUUUUAUUUUUUUAGUACAAAGACACACCACACAGACUGGGUGAGUUUUGGUGUCCACAGGUGCCUUUUAUUGAUUCUGCAGCUUCAUCUCUGGGAGAAGCAAAAAAGUGUCUCCAAAUAAAGCUAACCAGUUUUUUCAGGCAUUAGGGUCAUGAAUUACCUUGUGCACGUUUACAGCCUGCUCUGUGCACUUGAAACUACAGCCUUUGGAUAGAAAAGAGGAGACUUUUAUUUUAUUUUUCAUCCUUUUGUACAGCUCACUUUUUGUUUUCUUCUUUUCUAUCCUUUUCCUGAAUCUGUCAUGUUUAGUAGCAAGUUGUUUACUCACAAGGAAGUUGUCAGAUGUUGAAAGAAUCCAAGUAGCAACAGUCCUGGGUCACCAGACUUUUUGUCAUAAGAGUUUGAAAGGUGAAUUUGGAAGUAGGAGAGUCCUUGCCACACCAGGAUUUGGCAUUUCCUUCCAGGUGGAUAAGACAGGAAAAUUGGUGCUUGCUAAUGUCCUGUCAAGGCUCAUGUGGCAUUGUUCCCACAGAAAAUUGUCCCUGUCCUCUCGAGGGAUGUGGGACAUCUGUGGCAGGGGGAGGUGGUGUCUUCAGAGCAGGUUGUUGAAACCAGGCUGCCCAGGGGCCUGGUUGGGAGUAUCCUGGUGGCACAUCACCAGAACAGCUGAGGUCCAAGGGCCAGCUCAGCCUUGCUGUCACCUUUCAGUGCCUCUUGGACAGAACAAACAAUCUCAGAACUGCUUUUACUCUUGGGCACUGCCUCCGAGCACUGCUGCUCUUGGUGCACGCACACUCUGCAAAGCUUUGGCACUGGACUGCUGUUCCUCUCCAAAGGUUCCAGGAAGAAAAAGUUCAAAACCAAAAACUCCAGUGGGUGUGUUUAAGGGCUUUUGAGUUUGGGAUAAUGAUCUGCAGCUCAUUAGAUGGCAAGGGACUCGCAAAGACACGGCUGAGCCAAAACCCUGAGUCAUCCCCCUCUCUGCACCUGGGUAGGAUGUGUGUGGGAUGGAGAUGGGGCUCCAAAGAGGAUGACUUGGAGUGUGCUGUGAAGAGGAAUGCAAAGCAAACAAAAAACCCACUGCCUUCUGUGCACUUUGACUGUUCUCUUAAGCCAUAUGGACUUUGCUUUAAUUACUGAACUGCCAAAAUUUGUUUUCAGUCUGUGUUUUUUGUUUCUUAGACAAAAUUAUCUACGUGACUUUCUGAUUUGUUUUCCUUUUCCUUUGUCAUUUCCUGCAUUAGAUUACAUAUUUUAGACACAUUCUUUUUAUACAUUUGACACAGCUCUUGAAAUUUUAAUGGCACUUGUCCAACAUGUGUAAGAGGUAGUGCUGCAGGAGGAGCCCUCCAAGGACCACUGAGGACUUUAGGGAUGUAAAUUAGUAGGAAGUAGAUGGAACACCGAAGACUUUGCUCCAAAGAAAUGUAUAGUGUAACUCCACAUCUCCUGAAUAUUGCCUUACACUUGGUGUAAGGUGCAACUACUCCCUGGGGUUGAUCUGAUAUCACAUUGAGGACAAGAACCCCAAGAAAACCACAGGGAAUAAAGGAAAUGGACUUCGUGGCCACUGCUCCGCUGAAGGACAACAUGGGGAGCAGCACAAUCUGUACAAAGCGAGGAGAAGAGGCUAUUUCCUUUUUUCUUAGAACCAGCUGCAACUAAAAAGUCUGAGCUUGCUGAGGGCCUGCUGAGCUGGCUGUGUGGCUCUUUUCUUCUGACUGCUGUCAAAAUAACAGGUUAGGUGUGAUUCCUUUAGGACCUGUUGAUCCCAACAAAGGUAUUUCUGUUCCAUUCUCGUUCACACUGUUGUCACUCUUGGUUAUGUUGUGUUCAGGAGUUGGCUUUUCUGACACAUGGGUUUAUUUUCAAUAGGCAGUUGCAGAGUGAGGAGCUGCAGUGCCCUGCCCAGCCCUCAGCUGAGCACAGGAUGUGUUUUCUGCUGUGCAGGAUCGUGCAGCUCCAUGUGUGAUGCCUCCACCUUCCUGCUAACACACUCAACUUGUAAAAUAUGGUUAAUAGGUAGGUUUUAUUUACUUCACACAUCAGGGAAAUUGUUUUAUCUGGAAGGAAAUACUCCAUCAGUUAGGCAGAAAGCUCUAUUUCAUUGCUGCAAUCUUUGGAAAUUGCAGCCUUGAAAUACAACUUUUAAACAUUAGUUGUCAUGUUACAGUAACUUCACCCAUUGAAUUCGCUUCCAUUUCCAUCUUCCUGUUUAGAAUAGUCUUGAAAAAUGAAGGCUUAUGUUUAAAAUGCCUUCUCAGGAUAUUUUAUUUUUAUUUAUUUAUUUCCCUUCCCGUGUUUCUCAGGUCUCUUGGUGACUGUUACUGAAAAAUAAAAGCAGCAUCAUGAAAUGACCAAGGGAGACAUUUCAGGGAAUGGUUUAAUAGGAGCUUGUUUUUCAUACAAUAGCCAUAACAAUAUCCAGUCUCCUGCAGGUAAAGAGUGCCCAAGUCUUCACCCCCUGCAGGGCUGAGGUGACAGCAGUCACCACUGUCAGCAGUGGCCCCAGCCCCAGACCUCAAGUUGUCUCUGUCAUAAAGCACAUGCAAAAGUGCACACAUAAAGGAGCUGUGCUGUUGCAGCCCACUCCAAGUAGAGCAUUUUAUCCCCCCCAAAAUCCGUGUCACACGUGGUGUGUCUCUACCAUGGCCCACACCAUUGGGUGGAAUAUUUUCCAGUCCUGCCUUUUAAUGCUCUGAUCUUUGGGCAGGGCCAGCACUGUGCAGGAUAGAAAUGGCAGUGGUGACAAGGGACAGGAGAGAGCACUCCUUUGCUUUCAUCAGUGACAGUCUCUUAUUCCCUGCCCUGGGAGUCACUCAUGGACUGCCUUCAUGGGGAGGGCAGAGACAGGUGAGAGCAAAGGCUUUCAUCAGCAGUUACUAAAGGAAUCAGACUUUGCCCAGUGAUCCCACUUUUGGGAGCAGUUGGCAUGACUGGAGAGAAAAAAGAAAAAUACACAGAAAAGAAACUAAUCUAUUACUCAUAAGGAUUUCUUUUCCCUCUUCAUUUUGAGUGUUAAAACCAGUGAUGUUUUGCAGAUGGGCCAAGAUCUCAUUUUUCUUCCUUAUGCCAAGGUCUUUGCCAGAAGCUGUGUAGCAAUUGUUUGGACUAAAUAUCUUGACAUGGGGAUGCAUUUAUUAUCCUUGCCAUUGCUUCCCUCAAGAAAUCUAUUGGGUCAUCCAAAGAUUAUCUAAUCUGCUUUCCAAAAAGGGAGGAGAGAGAGAUCUUUUUACAUACAGAGCACUGGUGUCUUCUCCCACACAUUGCUUUCAGAUAUAAAGGACAACUUGUUGGAGGAAAAUCCUUUUAGAAAAGGAAUUUAUCAGAAACUUUAAAAGAAAGCAAACAACCACAUAAGAAAGAUAACCUCUGACAGAGGCAUUAGAAAUCUUAAAGUCCAGAAGCCUGUGAUGUGUAGGAGUGAUCAAGAUGCCAAGACCUCCUUUUUUUACUGAUCUCCUGUACCAGUAGCAGCCAGAAGGACACACCCAGUGAGGGGUGAUAUUUGGAAAGGAAGAACCACAGAGCUGCUGGGACAUAGGCAUGUUGUGCUGGAGAGAGCUCCACUCAGCCAGGAGUUCCUGCUGGUUCAGUCACAUUCCUUAGAUUGCUUUUAUGGGUUGUUGCCAGCACACGUGGAAUCCACACAUUAUCAAGGUGUUCCUAGAAGCUGCGAGGUUACUGGAGGUGAGGAAAGGUUUGUUGGUGUGGUGUGGUGUUCAAACAAAGCCACACAUGUAAUGAUGUUGUUUUGCAAAAUCCAUUGAAGCCUCCUUGUGGAAACCACCCUUGAAUUAGGAGCAUGUUGACCCCAAGACUGAACAUAAUGGGCCUGAAAUGGCUCCCCCUGACAAGACAUAGAAUCCCAGAAUGGUUUGGGUUGGAAGAGAUCUUAAGGAUCACCUUGUUUGAACCCCCUGCCAUGGACAAGGACACCUUCCACUAUGACCAAGUUGCUCCAAGCCCCGUCCACCCUGGCCUUGGACACUUCCAGUCCGUUCUGUUCUUUGUAUUUCUGUACUCCUUUUGUCCUCCCCCUGCACUCCCAGAAAAAGAAAGCUGCCUUGCACUUUGUGCAGGUGUAAAGUUCACUGCGCCGGACAGCAGAGAGCCACAAUGGAUAAGCACACACAUGACACCUGGGACAGGUGAGAUUUGUUUGAACAAGGAGCGAAGUACCAUUAGCACUUGAGAUUCAGGCUCUGACUCAGAAUUUUAUCUUCUCAAAGCUGCCACUUGCCCACUUUAAAUGGCCUUGGGGCCUCAAGACUUGACAGGAAAUUCAUUAUUUCGAUGCUGUUUGAUCACUGUGCACUUUCUUGAGGCUUGAAUCACUGGAUACAGAGACAGGAAUGGGGUUACAGAGCUUUAUAUCAAAGUGUUUUCCCAUUUGUGUCCAAUUCACUGGAUUUGGGAAUUUCUGCUACCAUGGAAUGGUGGUGUUCUGCAGGUGGGAACUGCCACCAGGGCUCCCUUUGAUGUCAUUAUGCCCCUGGGCCGUGCUGGGGCCUGUCACAGUGCAGUGGGAGCUCUCAGGUAGCAGAAAGGUGCAAGAACCCCGUAUUCUGGUGAGUUUGUAGCUGGUCACUUUGCCUCUCUUGGGCUGGAGUCCAUCCUCUGAGUUGGUAUCUGCUGUCAGCUGUGGGGUAGGACCACCUCACACAGCUGUGUCUGAGCUGCCCUUCGGUGUACUCCGGUUAUCGGAUCAUUGCUUUUAAUUCAGUGUCUCCUUGGAGAUUUGCCCUGGAUUUUUGUUCCACACCUCUUGUUAGCCUCACCUUCACCACUCCACUAUUUUAUAUGAGAAAGUUACUUCUUCUUUUGCAAACUUGCUUCUGAUUAAAAGAACCCUUUUGGAAA